GUUGCGUGAACAGCAGGCUGUCACUGGAGCCGCUAGCUGCCUGCUGUCCUAAAAACUAGUGGAUUUUGUCUUUAAACGCGUCGCCAAGUGGUAGUCAAACAAUCUUCUACAGGAAUAUGGAUGAAGACGUGCUGACGACUCUGAAACUGUUGAUAAUUGGCGAAAGUGGAGUCGGGAAGUCCAGUCUCCUCCUGAGGUUCACAGAGGACACUUUUGAUCCAGAGCAGUCAGCGACCAUAGGUGUGGACUUCAAAGUAAAGACACUGGCGAUAGAUGGAAACAAAGCAAAGCUCGCCAUAUGGGACACAGCUGGACAAGAAAGAUUUCGCACCCUGACACCCAGCUAUUACCGUGGUGCACAGGGAGUCAUACUUGUAUAUGAUGUCACAAAGCGUGAAACUUUUACGAAGCUUGAAAACUGGCUGAAUGAACUGGAAACCUACACAACACGCAACGACAUUGUGAAAAUGCUGGUUGGGAACAAGAUCGAUAGGGAUGACCAUGAAGUGGACAGAAAUGAAGGCCUGAAAUUUGCAAGGAAACACUCUAUGCUUUUUAUUGAGGCCAGUGCAAAGACUAAAGAUGGCGUCCAGUGUGCCUUUGAGGAGCUCGUAGAGAAGAUCCUCCAGACUCCGGGGCUUUGGGAAAGUGAAAACCAGGGACAGAAAGUCCGUCUGGGGGAGCAGGAGCAGGGCGGUGGCAGGGCAUGUGGAGGAUACUGUUCCAUACCCUGAAAGUGGACAAAACCAAAAAUGCACCAACCUGAUAAGAAUGACUACGGACCAGAAACGGAAAGGAAAAGAGACAACGAAAGCAAGCGGGGGAAGUGGAUGAGUACUUUAAAAAAAAAAAAAAAAAAGAAAAAAGUUCAU